GUGGGAUUGUUUCGAUAUUGGAUCGAGUGCGCUCCAUUUGUUAUCAGUCUACAUUCGGAACGGGGCCGAAAAAGUUUGUAGUUACUCGUCGAUAGACAAGUGGGGAGAAAAACACAGACACACACCAAAAUGCAGCCGCUGCCACCGUCAAAGGAGGUAGAAAAGUCAAGGCCGGAUCUUCCGGAGAAGCGUUUCGAGAUUCGCGAAUCUAUACUCACCAAAGUGUACAAGAUCCAACACGUGAAGAGCGUUCAAAAUCUGGCAAUCAGUGCCUUCAUCCUCCUGGCCAUCCGUAACGCCAUCAACGAUAUCUACUACGGCGGACAGAGCGAAUUGGGGCUGCGAUGGAUUCGCAUGGCUUUCGGGAAAUUUCCACUGGCCAUCGCCAUGUGGAUAUUAAUGUUCGGCGCUCAUGUCGCAUUUUACUUCGGUUGGAAGAUUUGGUACAAGUUUAGGACGCCGAUGGAUACGAUGAAAUCACUGUGGGAUGUGAUUUGGUUAUCGGUUUUCUUCGUGGCGCUUUUCGGAACGUUCCACAUGGUGGCGAAGAAGGCAAUCCAGCUGGAGCUACCUAUGGGUUCGUUUGCUGCGGUUUUGGCGGAGCAGACGAGAUUCCUUAUGAAGAACUACGCUUUCGUGAGGACGUCCAGUGAGCAGGUUUUAACAGGAAAGAAGUCAUCAACUUUUCGGAGUUUCCUCUAUUUCUCGUUUGCACCAACUUUAAUCUACCGUAACGAAUAUCCUAGAACGCCAACGAGGAGUUGGAGGACUGUAGGAAAAUACUUUAUGGAAUUAAUUCUAUCCGUCUACUUCCUCAGCUUACUGGAAACAGAGAUCAUCCAACACUUGUACAAUUUCGGUACUAAACCGUUUACGUUGAUAGAUAUUGUUUACACAUUGGCAACAUUCAGCGUACACUCCUUCAUUUUUGCAACAAUUUUAGCGCAGAUUUCGCUGCAUUCCUCGCAAAAUACGUUUGCUGAAAUUACCAGAUUCGGAGAUCGGCAAUUCCACAAGGAUUGGUGGACUUCCACGAACCUCUCAGAGUUCUAUACCACCUGGAACGUGAUCGUACAAGAUUGGCUGUUUUAUUAUGUCUACAGAGAUUUUUACAAAUACGUGACAAUAGGCAACAAGAUGACGGCCCGGCUUUCAGUCUUUAUGCUAUCCAUCGUCAUGCACGAGGUGUUGUUCAUUUACGUGACCAAGUUAAUGUGCCCAGUCUUUUCGCUCUCGAUGCUAAUCUCCCUCCCAUUGAUGAUAGUCCGGAACACUAAUCGCAAAUUUAAUCUGCUGAUGAUGCUCCAAUGCAUGCUAGGCAACUCCAUCCUGUUGAUGUUUCCCAAUAUGGAGUUCUUCGCAAAAAUCAAUUGCCCGACGCGACCAGCCUCAACACCAUUUUACAUCCCCUACUUAUACUCGUGUCAUCGAUGAUCGAUUAAAUAAUUAACUCGAACAAACUUAAUCAUCAUUCAAAACAUUCUCAAAUUGGAACAUAAAAGGACGGUUAAGGCUAGGAAAUUAAUGUUUAUAUGAAAAAAUAAAAGGAGAAAAAAGAUCA